ACUUUGGGUGCCUAUACAUAAUACAUUGCCUGUCUGGCUGCAUGUAUGAUUUCCUGUUGUGAGUUGUCUUUCUUGGUAGCCCAAAUCUUCCUUAUAUUAAUUCUGCCGUCUCCUUUUGAGGAGAAUUGCCUAGGAGGGAGGAGAUGCCAUUGUUGACCCAUCUCCUCCUCCUGCUAUUUCUCCUCAAAUCUCCAAUUAGUUCUCUGGAAAGUUUUUAAUGGUAUCAGAUUUUUGAAAAUUUGCAAUCCACAUAAGGAACCAAAUCUUGACGUCACAGGUAUUAGCUGUCUCUGCCACUAGCUUUUUCCCUCUCUUCAAUACCCUGCAAUUAUCGAUAAUCUAAUUGUCUAGUCUCUUCCUCUAUAUCUGCCUCUGUUUUCAACUGUUAGUAUUCGUUCACUUCCCACAAAAAGAAAAAGGAAAAGGAAAAAGACUGCCAACAAACGCUCUUCUCUCCUCUUCAUGCAAAUCUAGCCAAGAAUCACAACUGAAGACCCCAUUACCAAAACACCAAUCUCCCCCUCUCUUUCUCUCCGAUCAAAACACAGAAAACAUUAAGAAUGCAAACCCAUGAUGUUGAACAAUGUCUCAUUAGUGGUAGAUCUAAUGCAACUGCAAGUUCAAGCAUUAUGGGGUCUGUUGCUAAUUCCUCAUCUUCACCUCCAUCUUCUACUCUAAUUGGAGACUACAUUGGCAUUGAGAGCUGUCUUGAUCUUAAAGAUGAUGAUGAUAUGUUUAUAUCUGCAUCCGAAGAAAAAGAGGGUGAUCAGAGUUUCAGUGUUCGCCUUAGUAGGAGAGAUGAAAGGUGGGCAGCUAAGAAGGAGAAGAAGGAGAAGAAGGAGUUUCCACCACCAAUACCAUUGCUGGCAAGAACUGAGAAUUUGCCUUGCCAUAUGCCUUGGGUCUUGAAGCGGUACUAUACAAGUGAUGGAAGACUGAUUCUUAAGGAAGAGAGGGUUAGGCAUCAUGGCUAUUUUCGUGCUCAGAGAUGUAAUGGCCGUCUUACCUUGCAGCUUGUUCCUUUAGAUGAUCGAGUUUAUCAUCCUCAUUGUUCUUCUUCUGAGGAAGAUAACAAUGAGAAUGAGCUUGAGCACUGUCCCAAUCAAGAAGAAAAAGAAGAUGAAAUUGAGCAAGAAAAAGAAGAAGGGCAGGAAGAAAAUGAGCUAGAGAACUGUUGCACCGAAGAGGACAAAGAAAAAGAAAAAGUAGAAAAUGAGCUAGAAAACAUUCUCAACGAAGGAGAAAAAGGAAAUGAAAAAGAAAGAAAUGAGAUUGACAAGUGUCUCAAUGCAGACGAAAAAGAAAAAGAAGAUGAAAACGAGUAUGAGAAAUGUUGCAAAGGAGAAGAAGAAGAAGGAGAAUCAGGCAAGAUAGAAUGUAAAGACAUACAAGCGAAUGACUAUGGAGGAGAUAAAGAAGAUGAUUUUGAAGACUGUGCCAAUGACGUUCAUGGUAAUGGCACUAUGAAGAAGGAAAUUCUAUAUGAUCAAGACCAAAGAAUGACUUCAAUGGAUAAUGGAAUUGGUGGAAAUGUAAGUGCUUUCAAGUGCUUCAGUUACAACACAAUGACAAUGAGAGCAGCAUCCACUUGCAUUUUUGAGAUGCUAGUACCAGCUAUGAGGCCAAUUCAUAGUUAGACAUGAAAAAGAAAUAGAGAAAAAUAAAAGUUAGGGUUUUGUUGGGGAAGGAGAGGUGAGUUUUGUUUCUUUUUGAGGAUUGAUUACUAAGAGCUUGAUUAGGGUUUCGGUGAAUCAAUCUUUUAUUUGAUAGAUUUAGUUAUUCCUUUCAUGCUCAUGGAGGCUGUAGUACAAAAGUCAAGAUUUGAGAGAGAUUAGGUUCCCAUAGUGUGGAUAGGCUAUUUCAUUACAUUCCUACUCUAUUUAAUUUCAUGUCUAUGACACUAGUGAUUCUUCAUUUAAAUUUUUGAAUUUUGUUUAA